AUGACGGUAGAUAGAAAGAUUGUGUUAAUUACGGGCGCGGCUGCUGGCAUUGGCCUCGAGGCUGUCAAGGCCCUCGUUGGCUCUCAGCACGCCAGCUACGACAUUCUCUUAUCCGCCCGCAAGCUUGCGCAGGCGCAAGCCGCUGCCGAGGAUAUUACACGCGACUUUCCGUCUGCAGUGUCGAUUGUAAUACCACUCGAAAUCGACGUCUCUUCCGACAAGUCAAUCGAGGAAGCUGCCGACCUCAUCCAGAGCCGAUACGGUCGAAUUGACGUUCUUGUCAACAAUGCCGGUCUCCUACCCGACUUUUCCGUCGCCAGCGGCCAGCUUUCCCUCCGCGAAGGCUGGAGCAAGGCUUGGGACAUCAACGUCACUAGCUCGCAUGUCAUGACGCAUACCUUUGCGCCGCUGCUGCUACGAUCCAACGACCCUCGACUCUUGUUCAUCACGAGCAGCACGUCGACGCUCGUCGGUACCGAAAACGGCGACUUGCCGACCAACAAGCCCUCCAACAGGGGCUGGCCCAAGACGCAGAUGCGCACAAUGGUGCCCUCGUACCGCUGUGCCAAGACUGGAUUGAACAUGAUGAUGAGAGAAUGGCAUCGGAUGCUCAGCGAUGACGGCGUCAAGACCUGGGCCGUCUCGCCUGGAUUUCUCGCAACGCGUCUCGGUGGCGAUCAAGAGGCCAACAAGAAGAUGGGUGCUGGCGAUCCUGCGCUCGGCGGCGGCUUCAUCAAGGACAUAAUCGAAGGAACAAGAGAUGGAGACAUUGGCAAGGCCAUUACUCGGGACGGCGUUCAACCCUGGUAA